UUGGAGGGCGGGAUCUUCUAGAGAGUCAGUCUACUUCUUGGAGCGUGGAAGCGAGCGCGAAGCGUUGCAUUACCGAAGCACUUGAAGAGGAAAUGGCACCUGCCAUCUCAAAUGUGGAAAGGAGGCCGGCUACUGUAGAGGAUAUGAUCGAGUGGCUCAGGCGCGACGGAUUCCACAUUGGACUACUUGGUUGGUGUCCAGAGUGGGAUCCAUGUGCCAUCUUCGGGCUCCCUAGUUCUACCCCAGGACCACACGUGUUAGGUAUUCCGACAAGCUCUGCGGACAAGUCUGAUGGACAGCUACAACUUGAGUCAAAUGUCACGAUGGAUAUUGAUGGGAGUGCGGAGAUGAGUACAAACGCCGUGUUUCCAAAAGGACUUCUUGAAACCUCCCAUGCACAUUACGUGAGGACGAUGGUUAGAACACAUAAAAAGUUGCUUCCGGAUGCCCUUAAGGAAAUCGACCAACGGCUAGUAAAGGCGGGAGUGACACGGCAAGAAGUGGAAGCGCUCACUAGUGGGGAUGAGUUAGAGGCAUAUGAGAAGCUGGCAAGGUUAGAGCAAGCGAUGGCAAAGCUCCCUCUAUCUACUCGGUUACAGUUCCGCGCUAUGUAUGUCGUUGCACCCGGCAAAUGGAGGACGAUUGACAUCAACCUUCCCGAGACGCAUAGGUUGGGAGACUUUGAGGGAAGUAUGCUCCGUCGUUUACCUGUGUUACAUCUGAACAAGUCCAAAAAUCUGGCAAGCAUUCAGGGGAGUUCGCAGCCCAGCGUUGCAUCGCAAAUCCUUGCAAAGAAACCUGGUUUCGAUAAGGAAGUUUGGGCUUACAAGAUAGCCGAGCGGGAUCAGAGCGGUUCAGAAGAAGAGAACUUUGAAGGAUGGAAAACGCUGUGUGAUGAGGAGGACUUCACCGAGCUCAAACAGGCCCUCUUGAAAGACGAAUUAAAAGAAGCUAAAAUCGCAAUUGUCUGUCAUGAAACUGCUUUCGAGACGAUGAAGCAGGGGAAGGAAGAAGGGCGCGGCAAAGAAGUACAUCAGCAGCCGAAAUUCCAUACAUCGAAUAGAGGAUUGGAUUACUACAUUGGCAUGAUAAACAGUGGCAGCAACUUGGGAAACACCAACUGCAACAUGGACGUCGACGAAUGCAUACCGACCUCUGAUGUCAUUGACUGGAACCAAGUGAUAAAUGCGAAGGUCGCAGGAUGGGAGGAGGAUCGACCGCAGUAGGUAGUUUAAUUAUGUGCGUUUUCUUAGGCGGCUAAACGGUCCAUAUGGUAGCAACACAGAAAUAAAAUAUAUUUCUUCCUGG